AUGAACAGCAGCAGCAGCAGCAGCAGCAGCAGCAGCAGCAGCAGCAGCAGCCAGCAGCAGCAGCAGCAGCAGCAGCAGCAGCCAGCAGCAGCAGCAGCAGCAGCAGCAGCAGCAGAUACAUCUGAUGAGUCUGGCAGCGACUCAGAGUGCCGCUGGAUGAAGCUAGCGAAGAAACCGAAGCAGCAGCGUGCUGCAGCAGCAGCAGCAGCAGCAGCAGCAGCAACAGCAGCAGCAGCAGCAGCAGCAGAAGAGGAAGAAGAGAGUGAGACAGAAGGAGACAGCAGCAACACUGCCUAUCAGCAGAUGCAGGCCGCGCUGCUGCAUGCAAAAAGGCUGCAGCAGCUGCAGCAGCAGCUGCAGCAGCACCGAGAAAACCAAAAAAAAGGAAAAAGGAGACAAAUUAUUGUUGAGGGACCAAACGGAAAACAACAUAAACAAACAAAGUGGUUUCUAGAGAGAAAGAAAUAA